UGGGGUGGUGGUUUCAGUGACGGACUGAGUACGGGUGCCGGGCAGGCUCUUGCGGAAGUCUAAUCGCCAUUGGGAGCGCCUCGGCGGCUGCUCGGUGCCCUUGUUGCCGAGGGCCUCUUCCUGGGUCACUCCUAGAGUAGGCGCCGGACUGGGGCUCACACCGGGGUUCCCACGUGGCCGUCUUGGCGCCAGUGUGACCUCUCCGCCGGCGGGAUGUGGCGCCUGCGUCGGGCCGCCGUGGCCUGUGAGGUCUGCCAGUCCUUGGUGAAGCAUAGCUCUGGAAUGAAAGGAAGCUCACCACUCCAAAAGCUGCAUCUGGUUUCACGGAGUAUUUAUCAUUCACGACAUCCUACUUUAAAGUUUCAGAGACCUCACCUACGGACAUCAUUUCAGCAGUUUUCUUCUCUAACUAACCUUCCUUUACGUAAACUGAAACUUUCUCCAGUUAAAUACGGCUACCAGCCCCACAGGAAUUUUUGGCCAGCAAGGUUAGCUGCAAGGCUCUUAAAACUUCGAUAUCUCAUACUGGGAUCAGCUGUGGGUGGUGGCUAUACAGCCAAAAAGACUUUUGAUCAGUGGAAAGACAUGAUACCAGACCUUAGUGACUAUAAAUGGAUUGUCCCUGACAUCGUGUGGGAAAUUGAUGAAUACAUUGACUUUGAGAAAAUUAGAAAAGCACUCCCUAAUUCAGAAGACCUGGCAAAAUUAGCCCCUGACUUGGACAAGGUUGUCGAAAGCCUCAGCUUACUGAAGGACUUUUUCACCACAGGUCACAAAUUGGUUAGUGAAGUCGUAGAAGCUUCUGACCUACUUCUCUUGUUAGGUUCACCUGGAGAUACAGCAUUUAGAGCAACAGACCAUGGAUCUGAAAGUGACAAGCCAUACAGAAAGGGUCUGCUUGGUGAGCUCAUUCUCUUACAACAGCAAAUUCAAGAGCAUGAAGAGGAAGCACGCAGAGCCGCUGGCCAAUAUGGCUCAAGCUAUGCCCAGCAGAAGCGCAAGGUGUCAGACAAAGAGAAAAUUGACCAACUUCAAGAAGAACUUCUGCAUACUCAGUUAAAGUAUCAGAGAAUCCUGGAACGUUUAGAAAAGGAGAACAAAGAAUUGAGAAAACUAGUACUGCAGAAAGAUGAUAAAGGCAUCCAUCAUAGAAAGCUUAAGAAAUCUUUGAUUGAUAUGUAUUCUGAAGUUCUUGAUGUUCUGUCUGAUUAUGAUGCAAGUUAUAAUACACAAGAUCAUCUACCACGGGUCGUUGUGGUUGGAGAUCAGAGUGCCGGGAAAACGAGUGUGUUGGAAAUGAUUGCCCAGGCACGAAUAUUCCCAAGAGGCUCUGGGGAGAUGAUGACGCGCUCUCCGGUGAAGGUGACUCUGAGUGAAGGUCCUCACCACGUGGCCUUAUUUAAAGACAGUUCCCGGGAGUUUGACCUUACCAAAGAGGAGGACCUUGCAGCAUUAAGACAUGAAAUAGAACUCCGAAUGAGGAAAAAUGUGAAAGAAGGUUGUACUGUUAGCCCUGAGACGAUAUCAUUGAAUGUAAAAGGCCCUGGACUCCAGAGAAUGGUGCUAGUUGAUUUACCAGGUGUGAUUAAUACUGUGACAUCAGGCAUGGCUCCCGACACUAAAGAAACUAUUUUCAGUAUCAGCAAAGCUUACAUGCAGAACCCUAAUGCCAUCAUACUCUGUAUUCAAGAUGGCUCUGUGGAUGCUGAACGCAGUAUUGUUACGGACUUGGUCAGUCAAAUGGAUCCUCAUGGAAGAAGGACCAUAUUUGUUUUGACCAAAGUUGACUUGGCAGAAAAAAAUGUAGCUAGCCCAAGCAGGAUUCAACAAAUAAUUGAAGGAAAGCUAUUUCCAAUGAAGGCUCUAGGUUAUUUUGCUGUUGUAACAGGAAAAGGAAAUAGCUCUGAAAGCAUUGAAGCAAUAAGAGAAUAUGAGGAGGAAUUUUUUCAGAAUUCAAAACUCCUAAAAACCAGUAUGCUGAAGGCACACCAGGUGACGACAAGAAACUUAAGCCUCGCUGUGUCAGACUGCUUUUGGAAAAUGGUGCGAGAGUCAGUUGAACAACAGGCUGACAGUUUCAAGGCAACGCGUUUUAACCUUGAAACUGAGUGGAAGAAUAACUAUCCUCGCCUACGAGAACUUGACCGGAAUGAACUGUUUGAAAAAGCUAAAAAUGAGAUCCUUGAUGAAGUUAUCAGUCUGAGCCAGGUUACACCAAAACAUUGGGAGGAAAUCCUUCAGCAGUCUUUGUGGGAAAGAGUAUCAACUCAUGUGAUCGAAAACAUCUAUCUUCCUGCUGCACAAACCAUGAAUUCAGGAACUUUUAAUACUACCGUGGAUAUCAAGCUUAAACAGUGGACUGAUAAGCAGCUUCCCAAUAAAGCAGUAGAGGUUGCUUGGGAGACCCUACAAGAAGAAUUUUCCCGCUUCAUGACAGAACCGAAAGGAAAAGAACACGAUGACAUAUUUGAUAAACUUAAAGAAGCUGUCAAGGAGGAAAGUGUUAAGCGCCACAAGUGGAAUGACUUUGCAGAGGACAGCUUGAGGGUUAUUCAGCACAAUGCGCUGGAGGACCGGUCCAUAUCUGAUAAGCAGCAGUGGGACGCAGCUAUUUACUUCAUGGAAGAGGCCCUUCAGGCUCGGCUCAGAGACACUGAAAAUGCAAUUGAAAAUAUGAUAGGUCCAGACUGGAAAAAAAGGUGGUUGUACUGGAAGAACAGGACCCAAGAACAGUGUGUUCACAAUGAAACCAAGAACGAACUGGAGAAGAUGUUGAAAUGCAAUGAGGAGCACCCAGCGUAUCUUGCAAGUGAUGAGAUAACCACGGUCCGGAAGAACCUGGAAUCCCGAGGAGUUGAAGUCGACCCAAGUUUGAUUAAGGAUACUUGGCAUCAAGUUUACAGAAGACAUUUCCUAAAAACAGCUCUAAACCAUUGUAACCUUUGUCGAAGAGGCUUUUACUACUACCAAAGGCAUUUUGUAGACUCUGAGCUGGAAUGCAACGAUGUCGUCCUGUUUUGGCGAAUACAGCGCAUGCUUGCCAUCACUGCAAACACUUUGAGGCAGCAACUCACGAACACUGAAGUUAGGCGACUAGAGAAAAACGUUAAGGAGGUAUUGGAAGAUUUUGCUGAAGACAGUGAGAAGAAAGUUAAGUUGCUUACUGGUAAACGCGUUCAGCUGGCAGAAGACCUCAAGAAAGUUAGAGAAAUUCAAGAAAAACUUGAUGCUUUCAUUGAAGCUCUUCACCAAGAGAAAUAAAUUGUAUUAAAUUCUACUGGUAAUAUAGUCACCUCUGCAUAUACCUGAAGAAAGAACACUUCAGUCUUGUCCUGCCUCCUCUUCUCCCGCUGUCCACCUUUCUAAACAUACAAUAAAGUCAUGGGCUGACGUAACUGACGUGUGUUACAGGCGCUCACCAUCAGCUGCCUCUUGAGUGGAAGAACAGUGGGGAUGGCGCUGACGUCCCAUUGGUACUGCAGGGGCCGCUUGGGUAACAUAACUGGUGUGGCCAUUAGGUGCGGCCCUUACAGAUAAGAAACUGGCCGUCUGCUUGCUGUCUCGGGGUGGCACUAGUGUAAUUCAUCAGCGGAUAUCACUCGCCUCAGUUUCUUUUCCAGAAAUGUCACGCUAGUUGAUUUGGAAUAAAACUUCGAGCAAUUUUUAAGAA